CCUCUCCACCACCACCAACGCAGUUCCUGCAACACCUCCUUACCCCUUGCCUCUUGGUUCGGAGAUCUGAGCCGGUUGCACACACGACCACGGCGUCCCUUCUAUUCCUUGCCGGAUCAGAUCGAUCGUGUGCGUAAGUGUGUGUGUGUGUGUCUGUGUACUUGUGUGUGUUUGGUUGGUCGUGCCAGCAUGUGUGUUCAGGGCCGAUUCCGUUCAGUUCCGUGCGGUGUUCGGUAGCGCUCUGGUGUGUGCCCGUUGCUCGCUUGCUCGCUUGUCGCGCGGUGUUGUGUACGCGCGCGCGCGCCUGCUCACGUCAGGUUAGGCCGAACAAACAAAAACAAAAACCAAAAAAAGGAAGGGGAAAACAAAAAAAAACGAUCUCCCGCAAAACAAAGGCAGGAAAGGAGCAAGGAGAAUGAUGAACCGGCCACGGAUAGCAGCGAUCAUGCUGCCGCUGUUCUGCCUCUCAGUGGCAGUGGCGCAAAAGGGGAGCUCCUCCACCGAUACCGUCUUCAUGGAUAGCGUGCUGUACGAGGGCGAUAAGUGCGGGCUGCCCGGCAUGCGGACCGGCAUCUGCCAGAAGGCGGCCGACUGUCCCCAGGGCAUCCGGGCGAACGGUGCCCGGUGCGAGUUCAGCGGCAACGAUCCGGUCGUCUGCUGUCCGACGGAGGCACCUGGCACCGGCGACGGCACGAGCAAUCGUUUCACGGCCCGCAUCGCCAAACAGGAGUGCGAGCGGUUCACCAGCGCGUCGGCCACCUUCACCGACCAUAUAUCUGGCGGCGCGAUCGAGGCGCUCCGCGGCGAGUUCCCGUUCGUGGCGCUCGUCAACUUUCGUGCAGAGGAGGAGGAAGAGGAGAUGAAGUUCACCCGGUGCGGGGCGUCCUUGAUCGCGCCCCGGUUUCUGCUUACGGCGGCCCACUGCCUGAAGGACCAGAACCCGGUCACGGUCGAGAUCGGGUUCAUCCAACUGAACGAUUCGGAAAAGGACGUGUACGAGAUCAAGCAGGUGCACCUGCACGAAGGCCACAAGUCCCGGCGCAACGAUAUCGCGCUGAUCGAGCUGAAGAAGAACGUCACCUACCAGCAGGACGUUGAGCCGAUCUGUCUCAACACGGACCGGCCCGAGAUUGGACCGUCGAUCAACCUGACUGUCAUGGGUUGGGGCGCCGACGGCGACGGCCAGCGCGCGGACAAGCUGAUGAAGGGCACGGUGUACGAGAUACCGCUCGACGAGUGUGUGCAGCGAUUCCGGGAUGUCAACCAGCAGAUCAGCCUCGGCGAGGACCAGCUGUGCGCGCUCGGCGAGAAGGUUAAUGACGAGACGACGGACGCGUGCCAGGGCGACUCGGGCGGACCGCUCGUGAUGACCGUCCGGCAAAAGUUCUACCUGGUCGGCGUGGUGUCGACCGGGGCCGUCUGUGGCAGUUCCCUGCCGGGCAUCUACACGCGCGUCUCCCGGUACCUGGAAUGGAUCGAGCAGCGCGUCUGGGGCAGCCCGAACUGACUUGCCGGAGCCGUCACCAGCGUCCACAUGUAAAUAGCGUUAGCCGUAAGAUCGAACAACUCUAGCGCACGGUUGAGAGUCUGCAUCGUGGAGAAUCGAACAAACAGUCACACACACAACACACGCACACGCAAUUAAAGAAGAUGUAAAGCAAACGUGAUAUCGGUCUCGCCAGCUGCAGGGUAGCAGGAUUUGCCCAAACGCUCCGUCUACCAGGCACUCGUCCCCUCGCCAGAGCGGAAAAGACUCGCCAGAGUAGUUCUUGCACCAUUCGGUAGUGCUGUUGCAGUACGAUAUAAUAAACAAGAAUUAUAUUAUAGCUUCGGCUAUAUAGUUAGCUCGCAAAACAAAACACAACCUUUGGUUGGUUCUGAAGAUGCGUUUGUUUGAA